GGUUUCUCCGCGCAAGAUGUCGUCCAGACGAGCUUUACAUUUUGUGUUUAAAAUAGGCAAUCGCAGGGCGAACACAAAAUUUUACAGAGACUUACUUGGUUUGAAGGUAACUUUGGGUUGAAAGGUCUUGAAAAUACGCUUAAUUAUGUUUGCAAUUAAAUAUGCUUCGGUCUAAUUACGGGUAUUAUUAUUGCUUCAGUGCCUCUAUUAAAUUCUAUUAAAUUUAUAAAUGACGUUCCCUAUGGGGGCAAUGAAGGUGUAUAGAAAUGUAACACAAAUGGUUAUUAUAUCUUUUUAUUGAAUAGCUACUAAUAUAAUUCCAAGUUUGGAUCACUUGAACCAAAAGCUGUAAGCAUGGUCUCUAAACCUUUCUAAUGUUUCUUGGGUCAUUCCAGAAAACAUCCACACCUCCCCACGGAGGAAAUCGACAGUUAACCCCAGUGCCCCCCCUUUAAUGACCAAAUACACUUACUAUGAUCAGAAACAAAUUUUUCUCCCCUCCAGAUGGCAGAAAUUUCCUCUGUGGGUCGAGUGUGGAUCUUCUCUGGAAUGACCCAUAUUUUGUUUGGGGUGUGGCACACCCAUGGGGGUAAUAGGUGUACAUUCCUGUGGAAGUGGCAUGUCCCCCAGAAAAAGUUGUGCUUUAUAGAAAUCUGUUGUGCUGCCAUACCCAAAUGAUCACAUUACAAAUUUCUGGUGAUCACAUUACAAAUAUUGUGAUCACAUUACAAAUGAUCACAUUACAAAUAUUGUUCUUUUACCCAGUAUUUGUUUGUUUUGUAUGUUAAAUAAUUACUGUCUAAUUUGUAUUGGAAAUUAGGAAACAUUUCCUCACUAUAACUUAUAUUUUAUCAUCUUCUUGUCAGGUUUUGAGACAUGAAGAAUUUGAAGAAGGAUGCAAAGCUUCUUGUAAUGGGUACAGAAAAUAAAGUUAUUAAAUGUGUAAAUCAAAUUUGCAAAUGUAAAACAGCAAAGUACAUAUGUAUUAGGAUGCAAGAUUAGUGAGUUAUAACAUUUCCAUGGUUUCUUCAGACCAUAUGAUGGCAAAUGGAGUAAGACAAUGGCAGGGUAUGGACCAGAGGAUGAUCACUUUGUUGUUGAGUUGACAUAUAACUAUGGCAUUAAAGAAUAUAAGUUGGGGAAUGAUUUUCAGGUACACACAUGUACAAAUCUCACAACUUAAUUGUUAGCCUGCAUGGCAGGCGGUAUUUCUACAGGCAGCGAAAAUUAAGGAGUCAAAGGAAAUACCUAAAAUUGUGUGCCACGCAGGCUAACAACUUAUCAACAAGAUGUGUUCACGUACAACAGGCUUGUAGCAUGUUUGUCGACAAGUUGUAACAUGCUGUUUUUUUAUCAAGUUGCUACAGGUUGUAACUUGUUGACAAAUUGUUGAAUUGCAGGAUGAUAACAAGUUGUUGGAACAAUUUGUAACAAGUCUGUUGAGCUCAACAAGCUUGUAGCAACAGUUGCCAACAAGCCGUUGACAACUUGUCAACAAGCUGGGGUCAAUUAAGUGGUGUGAUCACAUCCUGUUGACAAAUUGUUAGAACAAUGAUGUAUAUUGUGGUGUCUGAUUUAGAAAGAUGGCUGUAAAACAGGUUGUCAUUGUUUAUAAACCAGGGUGUAACAGUUUCAUCAAGUGAAGCUAUCAAGAGAUUUAAAAAUGAUAACAGUUCUGUAUUACAAGACUUGGGGAAUGGAAAAUACAAAACUCAAUCUCCUGAUGGAUACAUAUUUUAUCUGGUGGAAAAAGACAAACAACAAGGUGGCAGUGUUACAUAGAAAACGAUAUUUUAAGAAUAGAUCAGUUGAAUACAGCACUAUAAGAUAAGCAGAUAAAUCUGUUUGAGCAGUUUAAAAAGCUUUUACAUUUAUUUCAGAUCCAGUUGAAAAAGUAUCAUUAGGCGUCUCUGACCUCAGCAAAUCUGUAAAAUACUGGCACGAGUUACUGGGUAUGAAGUUAUAUGAACAAAACAGCAACACAGCAUUGCUUGGCUAUGGCGAUGAGCAGUGUAAACUAGAGUUGGUUAGUCUAGCCCAGUCUGUGGACCAUGCUACAGCCUUUGGUAGGAUUGCAUUCAGCUGUCCACGUGACCAACUUCCUGAGAUUGAGGCUAAAGUGAAAGAAGCAGGUCAUACUAUCAUUACCCCCCUGGUUCGUCUGGAUACGCCUGGAAAAGCUGCCGUUGAGGUUGUUAUUUUAGCUGAUGUGGUGAGUCAUGUUACGAAAGAGAAUAGCUGAUUGAUGGUAAAGAACAUAGUCUAUCAAGAUCUGAUAUGAUGGUCUGUGUGAAAUCAGUGUAUUAUGUUUUUGUCUGAGUUUAUGUUAAUUUGUGCACAGUCACGGUGAUUUAGCUCAUUGUAUUUUUGUAUAAUGAAGACAUGAAGUAAUCAUCCAAUAGGGAUAGCUGAGAUGAAACGAACAAUCACGAUGAAUUGUAAUUGUAAUUGUAAGUAAAAAACUUCUAUAGCGCAUUUUCCAUGACUAAAUGAUCAAAUGCGCUUUAGUUUAACAUGGAACAAAGGCCUUCUAUUUUGUGGCUUUGAAGUUUGCCGGGUUUCCAGACCAUCAUAUAUCUUAACAGACUAUGUAAUAAAACUAAAUUAGAUUCAACGAUUGAGAAUAGUGAAAUCCAUAUCCCUGGAUAUGAGAUAAUUAGGAAAGAUCGAAAAAUUAAUGGUCGAAACGGUGGAGGUGUCUGUAUUUUUGUGCGAUCCAAUAUUAAUUAUAUAACGCGAGAUGACUUGAAUUUCGAAAAUUUAGAAUGUCUUAUAAUAGAAAUUACCAAACCACGGUCAAAAUCGUUGAUUCUUGGCACAUGGUAUAGACCACCAAACUCUCCAAUUAGUUAUCUAGAUGAUUUUGAAAAUAUUAUUGGAAAGCUGGACUCAGAAAAUCAAGAGAUGUGUAUAUUAGGUGACAUUAACAUAGAUCUUAUGCAUGAACAGAUCUCGGCCAAUGCUGUAAAACUGAAUUCCAUACUAGAUAUUUAUGGUAUGGAUCAGCUAAUAAACGAACCUACAAGAAUUACUAAUUGUUCUCAAACCUUGAUUGAUCUAUGUUUCACAAAUGUACCAUCAAAAAUAAUAAAAUUCGGCGUUAACCACAUAUCUAUUAGUGAUCAUUCACUUGUGUUUAUGACUUAUAAAACUAAUAUAGAACGUACCGGGACGCGCACAAUAAAAACUCGUUGUUUAAAGAAUUUCAAUAGAGAUAAUUUUCUUAGAGACUUGGAACAAAAGCGGUGGUGUGAUGUUAACACAAAUACUGAUCCUAAUGAUAUGUGGGACACGUGGAAAAGUUUAUUAAUGGAGUGCAUUGACAAGCACGCACCAUCUCGCUCCAAAAGAGCAGGCAAAAAAAAAUCGCCGUGGAUAACAAGCCAAUUGUUACGACAUAUGCAUAAACGAGAUUAUCUGAAGCGGAAAGCAACAUUGGCCGAUGAUCAAACUUUAUGGGAAGAAUAUAGGGUUGCUCGAAAUCGUACCAAUAACGAAAUUAGAAAAGCAAAGCAAGAGUAUUUUAUAACGAAUUUGGAAACUGCUAAAACAAAUCCAAGAAAAACAUGGAAAUUAAUUAACGAACUAAGCUCACGUAAUUGUAAUAAGUCAAGUAACAUUAACGAGAUUAAAGUAGACGGAAAAACAAUAAAUACACCUGCAAAUAUAGCUGAAGCUUUUAACAAUCACUUCUCAAAUGUUGGUGAGAAUCUAGCCUCAGAGAUACCCAUUUCUAACGUCAACCCUGAAGACUAUUUAGAAUCAACUGAGCAGAGAUUUUCCAUUAGACCUCCUACGGUUGAUAUGGUUUAUAUUCUGUUUAGUAAAAUUAACGAACGAAAAGCUCCAGGUCUCGACAACAUUCCUAAUAAGCUGUUAAAAAUAGCAGCAGCAAUAAUCUCACCAUCAUUAACUGAUAUAUUUGCCAGAUCAAUUAACACUGGCAUAUUUCCAUCCGAGUGGAAAAUGGCUAGAGUAACACCAAUAUUUAAGAAAGGAAAAAGGAAUCAUCCGAAUAACUAUCGACCAAUAUCAGUUAUUUCAGCUGUAGCCAAAAUCUUCGAAAAAUUAAUCUUUGAGCAACUUUAUAAUUACUUCAGUUCUAACAGCUUGUUAACGCAUUGCCAGUCCGGUUUCAGGUCGUUACAUAGUACACUUACUGCUCUUCUUGAAGCCACUAGUAACUGGUCAGUUAAUAUUGACAAUGGCCUCUUCAAUGGAGUAAUAUUUAUCGACCUUAAAAAAGCAUUCGAUACUAUUGAUCAUCAGAUAUUGCUGCGGAAGCUUCGAAUUUACGGUAUGGAUCAAUUAAGUCUCGAAUGGUUUCAGUCUUAUUUGACCGGUCGAUCUCAGAAAUGUAAUGUUAGAGGUUGCUUGUCAUCAUCUGCAUCAGUUACACGUGGUGUACCACAGGGAAGUAACUUAGGACCAUUACUCUUCCUUGUGUAUAUUAACGACCUUCCUAAUUGUCUCAGUGCAGCAGUACCGAGAAUGUUUGCUGAUGAUACGAACAUUAGUUAUGCGGCCAACACUAUCGCCGAACUAGAAAAUGUUAUUAAUUCGGAAUUAAAAAAAUUGAAAAGCUGGUUGGAAGCGAACAAAUUAAGCCUUAAUAUCGCCAAGACAGAAUUUAUGAUAAUAGGAUCUCGACAACGUAUGCAUGCGCACACUAACGAAAAUAUCAAUAUUGACCUGGAUGGUCGUGUGAUUAAACAAGUUGAUGAGGCAAAAUCACUAGGUGUAAUUAUUGAUAAAAAUCUGUCUUGGUCUAAACACAUUGAUAUGAAGUGUAAAAAGAUUUCUUCCGCUAUAGGUGCUCUUAAGCGAAUAAAACCAUUUAUAUCAACUGAAACAGCAAUCCAAAUUUACAACGCUAUAAUUCAACCUCACUUUGAUUACUGUAGUCCCAUUUGGGACGAAUUUGGCGCAACAUUAUGUGAAAAAAUGCAAAAAAUUGCAGAAUAGAGCUGCUAGAGUGAUUACGAAAUCCAACUACGAUGUCAGCUCUAGCAUUCUCUUAGAGAAACUGCAUUGGGACAAUCUUUCCUUACGUAGGAAAAAGCACAAGUCUAUAUUAAUGUUUAAAACUAUCAAUAAGCUAACGCCAGAGUAUUUACAAAACAUGUUUACAUUUCGCAGCACAGAUUAUAACUUAAGAAAUGCAGAAAUGAAGCUAAAUUUACCAAAACCACGUACGGACUUUAUAAAGCGUAGUUUCUGCUACAGUGGAGCAAGUUUAUGGAAUGCGCUUCCUCAAACUGCACGUACGUCCAAAUCAUUGAGGCAUUUCAAAAAUGAAAUUAAUCAAUUUUUGACAUUAUAAUGGGAUCCCCACACGGCAAUCUUGGAAAACAGUGCAUUUUAGUUAGGAAAUUAGUGUGUAUAUAGUGAUGUGUGAAAUUUAUUAAUAGUUUUUGUAUUUUAUUCUACACUGAAGAUUUUACCGUGUUUAAAUAAAUGUUCAAUGUUCAAUGUUCAACGCAUCUUUCAAAGUGCAUUGCUCGUCUGACAGACCAUAUAUACAUCUUCUUUAAAAGACAAACUAUCCAGACAACCUAGAAUAGCGUGAUCUAUAUACUUACACAAUAUUUUCCUUUUAGUUCGUCUAAUGCCCGAUUUAGACACAUAUAAGACAUAUAAGGAUCAUUCGUUCACACGAAACGCGCCAGUGGCGGAAAUCUUGGUGGGGCGGGGGGGCAGCCACCUCCCCACCUUCGGGAAAAUUGCCGAAUUUUCGGAAAUUUUGAUCGAAAAGAGGGCUAAAAACAGUCUUUUCGAGUGCAAAUGGGGGGGGGUAUGUCGGAAAUUUGAAAGUUUUGUCGGAAAUUUAGGAGGCUUUGCCCCCCCCCCCACCACCACCGGAAAAAGUGAAUUUCCGCCACUGAAACGCGCACGCAAACGUCGUCUGAGUAGUUCGCGACCCAAGUUCGUCCAGACGGCUUUAAUAGCCGCCUCUAUUAAUAUAAAUCAGACGAAUUCAAAAUUUUUCAUCAAAUUAUAGGACGGUCAUGAGAUAUGUUUUGUGGGAGACGAGGCAUUCAGAGAACUCUCUCAGAUUGAUCCUAAAGCGAAGGACUUACUGGAUGAGGUAAAAAUAGUACCAUAUUUGUCACCAGCUAUAUCUUGUGCACGAACUGUAAUGAAUUCAUUGUUGUCUUUCUCUAGGCAAUGGAACAAGACAAAAGUGAUGAAUGGUUUGCAAAGAAAAAGAAGAAAUAAAAAUUGAAAAAUAAAUAGAUAAUAAAUAAUAAACCAGGAGCAGUACGUUUCGCUUCACGUUCCACACGCGCGUCUACGCAUUGAAAUGUUUAAAGUCCUAAACGAUUAAUUACAGACUAAAAAACAGUCGCUAAUAAUUGGAGACUAGUUUUACUUUGUUUUUUACCAACAACAAUCCAUAGUUUUUACCCGUGAAGUGAAACUGUGAUAAUAGCGGCAGUUUUUCGUCACGUCCGAAUCGGAAAAUACACAUUAAAUUGUAGAGAAAACUGAAUUCUAUCCCUUUAGCAGAUAGAGGAUAUUACACGGCGGCGCGAAGGUAUGGCUUUUAUCUUCGAGUGGUGAAAACAAUAUUUUACGAACGAGCGCAGCGAGUAAAAUAUUGUUUUUAACACGAGAAGAUAAAAGUCAUAUCUUCAAGCCACCGUGUAUUAAUGUUCUGUUUAUUAUAUAGUCCCAAGCAAAAAAUUGUAUAAAUCCUAAAAGUCACGUGAUCGAUAUCUUCACUAGUGAAGAUAUGGAAAAUAUGUCACUGUGUAUUUCUCAGACAAAUAUGUCACUGUGUAUUUCUCUAUUAUCUCACACUCUACUAUAUAAUAAAUAAUAUUUACAAAGGAAAGACAUUUACAAAGGAAAGACACAAAUUCCGAUUUCGUCGAUUCUCAACUUCUGAUAUUGGUUUCGUUCAUUUAUUUCGAGUGUUGAACAUGAUAUCUCACGAGUGAGCGCAGCGAACAAGUAAGAUAUCAUGUUCAACACGAGAAAUAAAUCUGGUAUUUCCAAGCACCCAUGUAUUUUUCUGUUUAUUAUAUAAACACAAUUCAGUGAAAAACAAUAAAACGUCCGUGGCAAUGCGUUUUACAACAAAUGAU